GUUAAAUAAAUCAUUAGCCAGUUACCCCAAACUACUAAUGAAUUGAAAUUGUGCUUUUCAGGUGAACAGAUAGAGCAAGAAUGGCCACAAAACACACCUCAUUGUUGUGUAGAGAAAAGUAUGCACCUUUUAAAAGAUAUGAAUGCAGUUUUCAGUAAAAUGGGUUGCUUAAAAUGUUCUUGAACGCUACUGAGGUUUAGUAGCGUUUAUUUACUAUAUUUUUCAGACUUCCAGCGGCAUGUACUAUGACUGCUGAACAUGCUUCGCUACAUGCUGGAACAAGUGGACACCCUGAACAAGUGCGAUAUACUACCUACUUCUUCACUCACCGAAUGCGGAGAUCUCUUAGGCCAUCCACUAAGCAGUCUUGCAGAACUACAAGAGUUUGACGACAAGCUCGAUGCUGGAAAAUUUAAGAUCCUGGUUCAUGAGUUGGCACAGCUCGGUGGGAAAGAUGCCUACUGGGCAGCAAAAAGAAUCUUGUCAUACUGCUUCACGGACGAGGUUGCGGCACAAUUUUCCUGGAUGGGUCGAAAAGGAAAACUGAGCUUCUCCGCCUUGAAGAUUGCUAAAGCCAUAGCAGAUGCUGCUCGCAAAGCGCCAAACACAACUGCUGCUGACGUUGAGGCCUCUAUCAAAUCAUUGCUCCGGGCCGGCAUGCCCCCGAGCACCUUGCCACCAAGUUUCAAAAGUCAAAGCAAGGACAACUUGAGCAGGCAGCAGGUAAUGGAAUUCAGAUUGUGGCAUCAUGUAAAAUCCUGAACAGUGCACAAAAAUUUAUGUUGUGCCUGUAUUCCUAAUGUGUAAGUGUUCUAAGCAGUCGAUAUGGUGAAAUCUGUGUUGAGCUUGUGACCUACUUUUAUACUCUUUGUAUUACCUUCUGCCAGGCUCCCGUACAAUGCACAAACUGGCUCGGAAGAAAGGCCCUUAAGUUCCUUGCUUGUUUUACCAUCUUUGUUGCUGCCCUUGUCCACCUGUUUGUCCUUGUUCUUAGUCGUGUAGAAAUGUAUGUUCCCACUUUACAGCCGACUGAAACCAUGCUAAUGAGAUGUUACACAGUAGACACCCAUAAAAAUGCCAUUUCACAAGUAGCUUCUGACAAUCGACUUUGUCAUGACAUGUUUGCUGUUUCAGAUACUGACUCAAACUGUCACCACGGCAGAGGGUCCAAGGCAUCUAGCUUCCAAUUCCCUACUCAUUCUAUGGAUAUUGAUGGCAGCAGACAGCACAUGGCAAAGACAAGGACCAUGCACUGUUGGCAACCAGCUCAACCACACUUCAUGGUGGUAUUUCUCAACUGGUGUGCCACCUCCACACUUCAGUAUAGUACCUUUUCUUUAAAAAAUGUGAAGGGUGCUUUCACAAUUCGUGUUUUGCAGGUGGCAUCCACUUUAGGCAUUUGGGGUUAUGUGCAACAUAGUGUUUCUUUUUAUUUGAUGAAUAAUUUUUUUAAAGAUUCAGCUGAUCUCCAGGACAUCGCAAGUUCGACUUUUGACUUAUGUGCUUAGUGUAGUGUAUCUGUUAUCCACUGCUAUUGUGAUCUGCAAAGUCAUGUGCAGUUUCCGUUGCAUUGUUACCAAGUGAUUUGGAGACUGUUGCAGACAUAUGAGAUAGGUGAAAAUGUCUAGUCAGCUGUAAAAGCUGUACAGGUGCAGUUUAUGCGUAUUGCCCACUCUUGUGGAACACGCGGUAACUCUCCCUGCAUUGCUGCUUUCUGUACCUGCCUUGAGGCAGGAACACAAGCUUAUGCUAGAGCCACUUUGGAACCUGCUUGCAUUCCAGGAAACGAAGGCAACUUUACAUUUUUUACUUAAAAGCCAGGUAAUUAACUGCCAUGUACUAAAUUGAAUGAUCCAGACCAUAAAAUUCUCUUUUUGCUUAAUUUGAGCAAGGAUGGGAAACCAGUAAGUGCAAAUUUUUAAAUAGGAUUUUAAGCUAAAUAUUGUUGUUCCAGUAUGUAUAUUUACCCUUUGUAACAGUUUCUAGCACUUUGAGGCAGUAUCUGUGUUAUGUUUUUCUACCAAACUCUUCAAUGCAGAGUUCUGUAUUUCUAAGUAAGUAAUUUCAUACUCGAGAAGGUCACGUUUUUUUUUUUUUUUUGAAACUACUGACAGAGCAUUGUUCUGCAGUUGUGCACAUAGUGAAGUUCACGGUUUUUUGUUUGCACUGUUGACUGGGUUUAAUGUUCAGAUAUUGUGAAAAUAGUUUUAUAAGUUAAAUUCUCGUGCUGCAGCUGUAUUGUAACAUGCUAAUAUAUCCCUGAACUGCUUUGCAGAGCUUAGGAUACUACAGAAUCACUCCCUAAAGUGUAAUUAGUGGCUGUAUUGUGAUAACUGAAGCACUUUAAUGAUUGCAAGCUCAACAGCUCCUACAUCACUUGUUCUCUGUUGCAAAUGAUGUUGUGGUACAUUUUUAUUUUUACCAAUACUGAUGGUAAACUUCUUUAUUCAACUUCUCUUCCUAUAUAAUGCAGUAUUUCCCAUUUAUGAGUGGCAGUGGCUGCAUUUUUUUGAGGAAGUGUGUAGUUCCGUUUAUUAUGCUGAAACAAGGUGGCCUGUGUGCAAUUAUGUAUAUAUUUAAUGCAGUCUAGUCAGAUUCUCUAAGCUAAUGAUGUGCUUGGCCCACAUGUCCCAGCUAUGCUUGGUUUUCUUGGUUUUUCUUAAUUUUAUGUCAUAAAACUGAACUUUUAGAUGUUUUAUGCCCUCACUUUGUAAUAGCGUUGAUGCAGCAGAGUCUCUGGUCUUUAUGUUGGAAUUUAUGUCUUAAUAUGUUUUUAGAUGUGUCUCAUGCAGUCAUCUUUUAGAUGCUUUAGAAGUUAAUUUGCAUAUGUAGAAGCCAUUGAAUGUUAGCCAUGUCCACUUGUACGGAUAUUGUUGUGCUUGGCGAGAAUAACGGCUGUGACAGAUUGAUGGCAUUAUCUUUCUGUGAAUGAAAGUGCCCUUAUUUAUUGUUUCUGGUGGCAAGAGACAAGUCUCUCAUCAUAUUGUGCUGUGCAGUUGUAUACUUUUAGUACUUGGUGUUGUCUUUGUGUUAGGUUUACAAAAUUAUACUUUCCUAGAAAAUGUGUAAAGAUUUGAGUUGAUCUGCUGAUCACCCCCGAAAUUUCGCGUUUUUUUCCGACUCGCUAUAGCUGGUGACACUACAUCCACUUGCAGGCUAUUGGACUUAAGCAUUGGAGAUACGCUUUGCAGUGCUUGUUCUGUGGAUGCAGGAGCUCUUGUACUGUGAUAACACAAGACCAAAGCCCACUGUCUUUUGCUUGUUUUUUCUUUACUGUGAAUGAAAAUGAAAGCUGUAA